GGCUCUGCUGGGAACCAUGCUCCGGAGAAAGCUCGCCUGUUGGCACCUGCUGGCUCUGUUUUUCCUCCCAUUUUGCCUGUGUCAAGACGAAUACAUGGAGGUGAGCGGAAGAGCUAAGAAAGCGGUGGCGAGAAUAGUGCAAAGCCACCAGCAGACUGGCCGUAGCGAUUCCUGGAGGGAGAAAGUGAGAGAGCGGAGCCAUCCUAAAACUGGGAGUGUGGAUAAUAACACUUCUACAGACCUAAAACCCCAGAGACCAGAUGAGCUACCGCACCCCGAGGUAGAUGACCUAGUCCAGAUCACCCCAUUCUGGGGCCAGUCUCCCCAAACUGGAGGACUGCCCCCAGACUGCAGCAAGUGUUGCCAUGGAGACUAUGGCUUCCGAGGCUACCAAGGCCCCCCUGGACCUCCAGGCCCCCCUGGCAUUCCAGGGAAUCAUGGAAACAAUGGCAAUAAUGGGGCCACUGGUCAUGAAGGGGCCAAAGGUGAGAAAGGAGACAAAGGUGACCUGGGACCACGAGGAGAGCGAGGGCAGCAUGGUCCCAAAGGAGAGAAGGGCUAUCCCGGAGUUCCACCAGAACUACAGAUUGCAUUCAUGGCAUCUCUUGCAACUCACUUCAGCAAUCAGAACAGUGGGAUUAUCUUCAGCAGUGUUGAGACCAACAUUGGAAACUUCUUUGAUGUCAUGACUGGUAGAUUUGGGGCCCCAGUAUCAGGUGUGUACUUCUUCACCUUCAGCAUGAUGAAGCAUGAGGAUGUUGAUGAGGUGUAUGUGUACCUGAUGCACAAUGGCAACACGGUCUUCAGCAUGUACAGCUAUGAAACCAAGGGGAAAUCAGAUACAUCCAGCAAUCAUGCAGUGCUGAAGCUGGCCAAAGGGGAUGAAGUUUGGCUGAGAAUGGGCAAUGGUGCUCUUCACGGUGACCACCAGCGCUUCUCCACCUUUGCUGGAUUCCUACUCUUUGAAACUAAGUAAAUACAGGAAUAAACCAGCUCCACAACUGGGCUGGUUUUGUUAUGAUCUGAGAAAUAGUAGAGUUGAGGGAUCUACAUGCUACAUUGAAAAAAGAUAUAUAUUCUGGUUACAUUUGCUAGUCAUGCUACAGGUUGGUUAAUAAUGUUGGAUGACUCAGGACCUCAGACGAAUAUAACCACAACACAGUCUUCCCAAGUCACCGUGACUAAUACUCUCAGCACCUUUGUCACCUUUAUAAACACCGAAAGGCAAAUUUCCUUAUGGUGUAGCUUGGAAACAAAGGUCCCGAUCAAGUAAGUCAUUUGCAAAGUGUUUUGACGGCUAUGUUCUUAUUUUUCUAUUGGCUUUCAGAAACCGCUGAAGUCUUUAGUACAUCAUUCUUUAUAACUUUUGAGAG